CAAAAUUUUAUGACAAUGUGUUGCCUGGAUCAUUUAUAUGAUGAUAUAAUAUUUAAUGUCUGCAGGGGACUCGAGAAUAUCAUCAGGAUGCAUGUUAAGAAGGUCAAUUGCUCAGAGUGGGAGCAGAUACCUGUUCCUAAAAUUGUGAGGGCAAUCGUUGCUUUAAAUCUUCACAGUUAUGCAAGUGGAAGAAAUCCAUGGGGUAGCCCAAAACCAGAGUAUUUGGAAAAGUUUAAGCUGUAACACCGAUAUUUCGGGACUCCCUCAAGAAAUUUGGCCCUCAGAAAGGUUUGGCUACAACAAGCACAAGAAAACUUGUUCCAUCAAUGCCUGCCAGCCAGACAAUCAGGCAACCAGCUCUCUUUAUGAUCGAUCACACAGGUGCCAACCCAGCGUUGAAUAUGGAGUGGUUGAGAAAUGCAGGUGAGUUCGGGUGAGAAUGAACGCUCCAUUAAUUCUAGUUGUAGUGCAACCGAAUAUACAGAACUAAUGGUGGGCAGUUUGAGGGAAGAUUUCAGCAAAAAAAUGAAAGUAACCGAGGAUCAUCGGCAGGAGGGAUCCACACCAAACAAUUACCACCAUAAAGAUCCGCUUUUAAACCACGACAACCCACGUCUACCACCAGUGGUAAGAGAUCAGGAGGAGGAAUUUAGUUUCGUAUGCGCAAAUCCUUCAGGACCCUUGAUAUCUGCAGAAGAUAUAUUCCAAAAUGGUAUGAUUAGGCCGACUUACACUUUAUGCAACCGUGAUGAUCUCCUGUUUGCCGAGGAUGUUAGAAUUAAAGCAAAAACAUCAACCCCAUCAACUCCGUUAAUGUUCAUGGAAGAGCGCAGCGAAGCGGAGGGACCGUGCUGCGUGUGGUCAGGGGGGCACACAGUAUCACGAAAUCAACAGAUAUGCAAGAAGAAAAGCUUCACAAGGUUUUCAAAGCUA